AAUCUGAGACCAAUUUUGACGGAAUUGAAAGCAAGUUUUCCUUACGGACACCUUUAGAGCCUGAUGAGGAUGUCUGCUACCUGGUUCCUGGGCAGGUGGACACCUUGGCACAAUGCAACUUCAACCAUACCAGUAAAACCUUUGUGGUUAUCCAUGGGUGGACGGUGACAGGAAUGUAUGAAAGUUGGGUCCCGAAGCUGGUGGAUGCUCUCUACAAGAGGGAACCGGAUUCAAAUGUCAUUGUGGUGGACUGGUUAAUUCGAGCUCAGCAGCACUAUCCAGUGUCUGCUGCAUACACUAAGCUGGUGGGAAAGGAUGUUGCUAUGUUUAUCGACUGGAUGGAGGAGCAAGUCAACUAUCCUCUCAACAAUGUCCACUUGCUGGGGUACAGUCUAGGUGCUCACGCUGCUGGGAUUGCUGGGAGCCUGACCAAGAAGAAGGUGAACAGAAUUACUGGGCUGGAUCCAGCUGGUCCUACCUUUGAGUAUGCUGAUGCCCUCACCCGCCUCUCCCCGGAUGAUGCUGACUUUGUGGAUGUCCUGCACACCUAUACUCGAGGUUCUCCAGACCGCAGCAUUGGGAUCCAGAAGCCUGUUGGACACAUUGAUAUUUAUCCUAAUGGUGGAGGUUUCCAGCCAGGCUGCAACUUGGGAGAAGCACUCCGUCUGAUUGCUGAAAAAGGCUUUGCAGAUGUGGAUCAGCUGGUGAAAUGUUCUCAUGAACGAUCAAUCCACCUCUUCAUUGACUCCCUCCUUUACAAAGAAAAGCCCAGCAUGGCCUACCGCUGCAAUACAAAGGAGGCCUUUGAGAAAGGUCUCUGCCUAAGCUGCCGGAAGAACCGCUGCAACAAUUUGGGUUACAAGGUCAACAGAGUGAGAACCAAGAGAAACACCAAAAUGUACUUGAAGACCCGUGCUCAGAUGCCGUAUAAAGUCUUUCAUUACCAAGUCAAGAUCCAUUUCUUUGGAAAGACUAAUAUGACCAAGACAAACCAGCCAUUCCUGAUCUCUCUCUAUGGCACUCUAGAUGAGAGUGAGAACAUUGCUUUCACACUGCCUGAAGUCUCCUCAAACAAGACCUUCUCCUUCCUGAUUUACACUGAAGUGGACACUGGUGACCUGCUUAUGCUGAAGCUGCAGUGGGAGAAAGAUACCUUCUUCAGCUGGUCAGACUGGUGGACUCCUUUUACAUUUCACAUCCAGAGAGUCAGAGUGAAGUCAGGAGAAACUCAGAAAAAGGUGGUGUUCUGUGCUCGAGAUGGGACCUCAAAUCUCAGUAAGGGAGAAGAGGCAGCAAUAUUCGUGAAAUGCUUGGAACAGCCUGUGAAUAGGAAGAGAGGAGGUGCCAAGAAAGCCUCUAAAGAAAAUUCUGCUUAUGAAUCUGCUUAGUGACAAGAAUGAAGAUUUCCUCACUGGGGAGGAGGAGAGUCUGUUCGUCCCUGUGGACUGGAUGUUCUGAACCAAAUAUAUAGAAAUAUUUAUCUGUUACUGGCUUUUUGCCUGCUAUUCCUGGCUAUCUUAGGAGACUUCUUGUAAGGAAGUUUCAGUAGAGAAAGUUACUAACCAUAAAGACGCAUUAUCCAAAUAGUUAAAAACAAACCAAAACCUGCAAAACAACUUGCCAAAGGCUUGAGUGCUGGGAAGAAAUAAGUAAUUUUGCAUAAUCAUGGUGCCUUGUGACAAGGUUUCUUGACAUCAAAUCCUCUAUAACAAUUUUGUAGUAUUUAUCAAAAAGAAGCAAAGCCCUGUACCUGGCUUGUCUGACUUUUCUGUAGUCUUCUGAAACUGGACAGUUUGGUGUGUGGGUUUUCUUGGUUUUUUUUUUUUCCUAGCUUGGCUAACUGGAUUUUCAGACAGUUCAGUGGCUAGAGUUCAUUGUCCUCAAGUUUGUGUUUAUCAAAUGAGUAGGUUUCUCAUGUGAAAAACCUUUGCUGUGUGUAUUACUAAAAGUUGUCAGGGAUCGACUUAAUAUAGGGAUGAAUUUUCUUGUUUGUGGUUAUGAAUGUGUUUUACUGGGGGUAGAUGCCAGUGCUGUUUAGCAACAGGUAUGAUCUGUUAAGCUAUAUAUUUCUAUGCAGCUUACCCUGGAAUAAAUAGCAUU